GAGAAAUUUGAAUUACCAAAGAUGGUAUAAAUUGUCCGAGUAGAUAUAAUCCUUGUCUUACCCAUAACCUUUUUUUUUUUUUUUUCUUUUUCUUCAUCAUCACAUCUUUUUCUUUAUACUAUUUUAAUAAAUGCCUGGUAGUAGUGUUCACCCAUUUUCUAGUCAUAAUUCUUCUCUUCAAGAAUACCAGAAUUUUAUAAAUGAAUUGAAUGAUCAGGUAUCAUCGGAACAACCUGAAGAUAUACUGCAAUUUUGUUAUGAUUUCUUUCGUAUAAAACUAUCAGAAGAACGAUCAAAGACAAGACAUCCAGAUACAUUACAUGACGUUGGACCUCAUCCAAACGACGUUCUUAUGCAAGAAUCCACGCAUACUACCAUUCCAACCUUACCAGAAGAUCCAGCAGAUGAAGAAGAUUUUGUUCCAGAUGAGUUGCCAAAGUUUCAGUCCGCCAAUAUACGUAACCGUCGAGUAUCUGUCAGUGCUGAAUCGAUGCAGCCAACAAAAAUGUCCAUCACGCCAUCCUCAUUACACAAGACCAUUCCUAAAACGGAAACAGAAAUUAGCAUGAUUAUCCAAUCUUUACGUUCUCACUUUCUUUUUAAAGCACUGGAUGAAGAUCAAUGCCGUCAAGUGAUUGAUUCGAUGCAAGAAAAGAACUUUAAAACAGGUGAAACCAUCAUUGAACAGGGCGCUGUCGGGGACUUUUUUUAUAUCGUAUCAAGUGGAAAUGUAGACUGUUUUGUCGAUGAAAAGAAGGUGACAAGCUAUCAACGAGGUGGUAGUUUUGGUGAGUUGGCUCUCAUGUACAAUGCACCAAGGGCUGCUACUUUAAAGGCUACAACAGAUGUCGUCGUUUGGGCAUUGGAUCGUAUUUCUUUUCGCUCUAUUCUGAUGGAAAAUAACGCACACAAGCGUAGAAUGCAUGAACAAUUUCUAGAAGAUGUUCCACUUUUUAAAUCACUCGAGAUAUCCGAAAUUCAUAAAAUUGCUGAUGCCCUUGAGCCUGUCAGCUACAUGGAUGGUGAAAUGGUUUUGAAGGAAGGUGAUACGGGUGAUAAUUUCUAUUUAAUAGAGUCUGGUGAGGCUUUAUUCUAUAAGCAGGUUGGUUCUGAGCAGCAAUUAGUAAACAAAUUAUCCAAGGGAGAUUAUUUUGGAGAACUGGCAUUAUUGAAUGACAAGCCUAGAGCUGUCACAGUCAUUGCAAAAGGAAAUCUCAAGUGUGUCACUUUAGGUAAAGCCGCUUUCACUAGAUUGCUGGGACCCGUCAUGGAUAUCUUGAAGCGCAAUACCGCCAAUUAUCAUGCUAUUCUUAAAGACGCUCAAUCUUAAAUAAUAACAAUUUUUUUUUUUUUUUUUGUGGUGGUUUUUUUUUUUUUUUAUUUUUUUUU